GCCGGGCCGAGCCGCGCCGGGCGGCGGGAGCUGCGCCGCGUCCGCACCGGGCCACGCCUGGGGCUGCGAGCGGGGCACCGGCACCGGCACCUCCCGGCCACGCCUGGGGCUGCGAGCGGGGCACCGGAACCCGCACCGGGACCAGGACCCCCGAGCCACGCUGGGCUGAGAGCGGGGCACCGGGACCGGCACCAGCACCGGGACCGGGGCUCGCACAGGGAUCGGGACCUGCGCUCCCGGGCCACGCUUGGGGCCGCUGCGAGCCGGACACCGGCAGCGGGACCGGGACCGGGACUUCCGAGCCACGCGUGGGGCUGCGAGCCGGACACCGGCACCGGGACCCGCUCCGCGCCGGGACAGGUGUCCCCAUGGAGUGACCCUGCCCAGGGGUCCCGGCAGCUGUGCCAGCACGGGGGGACGCUGGCUGCCACCACCAUGAGUGACUUCUGGCACAAGCUGGGCUGCUGCGUCGUGGAGAAGCCCCAGCCCAAGAAGAGGAGGAGAAGGAUCGACCGCUCCAUGAUCGGGGAGCCCAUGAACUUCGUGCACCUGACGCACAUCGGCUCCGGGGACAUGGCUGCGGGAGAGGGGCUGCCCAUGACUGGUGCUGUCCAGGAGAUGAGGUCCAAGGGCGGCCGGGAGCGACAGUGGAGCAACUCCCGCGUGUUGUAGCGUAUUCCUGGCUUUUUCAGCCCGAACUUGAACUGCCUGACCCCCCCCCGCUGGAGGAGAAGCCGACCUGGAGUGCUUGAACCCCGCGGUAUUUAUGCAGCACCAUCCUCACCCAGCUCCCGGUGACUUUGGGUCGUCAUCCCUCUGGAAAAUCCCUCCUUCCCGGAGGUCCUGGCUGGUGACACGGGGAGGGAGCAGGGACAGCAGCCCCCAUCUCCUGCCCCACCUGGAAAGGACACAGCCACCCCCUGAAACGUGCCAGGAGCUGCCAGGCGCAGCACACGUGUCCCAAAUCCUCCCAGUUUUCCCUUUUCCCGCUCCCGUGUCUCCCACGGGCUGCAUGGUGGUGCCUCAGUUUCCCCAGGGAACCAGCCGUGGUGCAGAGGCAGCUUUGAUGCCUCCCAGAACAUCACAGAGGAGCAAAACCAGGAUUAAGCCCUGAUAUUCUGGUGCCAAACCAGAGUUAAACCCGAGAUGUUCUGGUGUCAAACCAGGAAUCGAUGUCAAACUGGGAUUAAACCCCAACUCCUUGGAGCAGAACUGGGAUUAAACCCCGAUGCUUCGGUGCCAAACCAGGAUUCGAUGUCAAACUGGGCUUAAAGCCCAAUUCCUUGGAGCAGAACCGGGAUUAAACCCCGAUGCUUCGGUGCCAAACCAGGAUCCAACCCCAAGGCUCGGCUGUCUCCGAGCCCGCAGUGCCUCCAGCCGGCAUUCCACUGCCGCCAGACUCCCACCUCCCCCCCUUUUUUUAGGAUCUGUUCUUCUUUUUAAGCUCCAAAACCCACCUGAGCAGCCUCCAUCACCUCGGGCAGGACCGUGGUGGGGUCCCCUCCACCCGGGAUUGUCCCCAGGCCGGACAGGGCCUGACCCGAGAAGGGCUCUGGAAUUCAGGCGCGGGUGUACAUAGUUUAAUUAGCGCCAGGAUUAAAUAUUAAAUAGCACGUGCUGGCUGACAGAGCCUUUCCCCUGCCCUGUGCUCUGGUGGGAGCUGGGCUUUUCCAGCCCCUGUGUUGUGCUCGGGUCAGGGUUUUUGGGGGAAAAAACAUUCCACCCUUGAAAUAAAUGCCUCGUGCUGGCCCAAGGGGUGGGUGCACGAGCUUCCCCAGGCUCCUCGCUCCCUCCUCGGCUCCUGGAGCAGCCAAAUCCACUGGGAAAAGCUGAUAUUCACAGCAGGCAGAGGCCAUGACUUUUUAUGGCACAACCAGUUUCCUCCUGGCUGGGCUGGACUCGGGAGUGUGGCUGCACUGACACCCCCUCCUUGGACACCCCAAAAUGUUCCUGUGACCCAUUGUAGAGGGGAUUGCACCCCAGGGAAAGAGGGGGUGCACCCCAAGCUCGAGUGGGGCAGCACCCCGUCCCAGAAUAAAAGCCAAGAGCCAAAACUGGAA